AUGGCUUCAACUAACUACGUUUCAUCAGAUGAAUACAAAUAGCAAAAAGCCUUAGAAGAAGCAAGAAAGGCAGGUAAAAUUCCUGCCUAACUAGACGAAGAAGGAAAAGAAAUUAAUCCGCAUAUGCCUCAAUAUAUUACUAAAGCUCCUUGGUAUUUGAAUUAAAAUGCACCAUCCAUGAAGCAUCAGUAUUUUUUCAAGCAAACUAAUGAUGCCUCAGAAGAGUUUUAUGCUAGAGGAUAGAAAGGUUACUAAGCAACAAAAUAUAGGAAGGGAGCUUGCACUAAUUGUGGAGCAAUUACUCAUCAAGCAAAAGAUUGUUGUGAAAGACCAAGAAAGUUAGGUGCAAAAUAUACAAAUUAGAAUAUAGCUGCAGAUGAUAUUAUUAAAGAUAUAAAGUUUACUUAUGAUUCAAAAAGACAUAAUUGGAAUGGUUUCGAUCCAGAUGAUUAUAUGGAAAUAGUAAAAGAGAAAGAAAAAAUAGAGGAAAUUAGAAAAAGAGAGUAAGAGAAAUAAUUAGAAAAAGCUGAUGCAGAGUCAAAUUAUGACGAUGGUACAAGAGAAAAGGAUGAAAAGGCUGGAUAAGUGAAGAUUUCUAGUGAAUAGUCUAGAUAAUAGCCAACUCCACAUUUAAGAAUCAGAGAAGAUAAAGCAAAAUAUCUUCGUAACUUAAGUGAAGACUCUGCUACAUUUAUUUCUAAAAAUAGAUCUAUGAGAGAAAAUCCUACUCCUAAUGAUCCAAAUUCAGAUUUUAAAGGUGAAAAUGCUUUGAGAAUGACUGGAGGUGCAGUAGAAUUUAUUAAAUAAGAAUAUUUUGCUUGGUAAGCAGCUGAAAAAUAAGGUUUAGAUUUAAGUAGUAUCGCUAAUCCAACCUUAACUGAAAAAGUGUACAGGGAAAUGAAAAAUAAAGAAUCAACUCUUAGAGAUAAAAAUAUGCAGAAGGUAUUUGUUUAGUAUGGUGGCGAGGAGCAUUUUGAAGGCGAUAUGGAUUUAAUUUUAGGAUAAACAGAAAAAUAUGCAGAAUAUGCUCCAGAUGGAACACAACUUGAUAUAUACAAUCAUAAGAGGUCAAAAUAUGCUGAAGAUAUAUACAUUAAUAAUCACACUUCUGUAUGGGGUUCUUGGUUUAAUGAUUAUCUUGGUUGGGGUUACGCUUGCUGUCACUCUAAUACCAAAUCUUCUACCUGUUAAGGAGAAAAAGGCAUCAAAGAAGCAGUUACAAGAGAAUUUUUGGCAAAGAAACAAUUAGAAGAAGACUUGAAAAAAGCUAAAGAAUCAGGUGAAUUAGAGAAAAAGGAGCAAUAAAAGAAGGCUUAAGAAAAACCUCAAUUUGCAGUUCCUGCAGCUAAAAAAAAAACUGAAGAUGUAAACUAAAAAGGAAUUGGAAAAAAAGAAGAAAAAAUUAACGAUAAAAAACAAUAAAAAGAAGAAGUCCUGAAAGCAUAGAAUCCUUUCCAAUGGGGAUUACCAGAGGAUGAAGAGAACGAAUAGGAGUUAGACCAAGAAAAAGUUAAGUAUUAUAUGGAAAGGAUGAAAGAAAAUAAAACAGAAGAAAGAGAUGAUAGAAAAAGAAAAUACAACUCUUUUGCUGCAGAUGAAGGGUACGAAAUUUCAAGAGAAGAGCUUGAAGCCUAUAGGUUAACAAAGAAAAACUUUGAUGAUCCAAUGGCUAACUAUCAAGAUAAUGAUAAAUAUUGA